AUGGGAUCGAUUUCAGCGAACUCUUUGCUAGUUAAGUGCGGCGUUGCUGCGGCAGUGUAUUAUCUGCCUCAAGAUUUAGGAGUACUCUCAAUUUUGGCAUUCAACAAACGCUCGUGCUCUAGACGGAUCACGGGUUCUGUCACCUGCGGACCUCCUGAAACACAAGUCGACAGAGUAAUAUUCAACUAUAUGAGGGAUCGCGGUUUUGAUCCGGCAAAUUAUCUAGUGCAUAAGGGAAAUUUGAACACAACCGUAAGAUUGAUAUAG